AUGAGUGAACGUAAAGUUUUAAAUAAAUACUUUCCUCCAGACUUUGAUCCAGCUAUACCAAGGAGAAAACAGGCUAAAGAUGCUCAGCAUAAAGUUCGUCUAAUGACACCAUAUGCGAUGAGGUGUGAUACGUGUGGAGAAUAUAUAUAUAAAGGAAAGAAAUUUAAUGCACGUAAAGAAACGGUAGAAGGGGAAACAUAUUAUUCCAUUAAAAUAUUUAGAUUUUAUAUAAAGUGCCCAAGAUGUUCGGCAGAAAUUACAUUUAAAACGGAUCCAAAAAAUACGGAUUAUGUGGCCGAGCAUGGAGCACAACGUAAUUUUGAACCAUGGAGGGAAGAAAGAAUAGCGGGGGAGGAAAGUAAAUUAUUAAAAGAAUUGGAAGAAGAAAAUAAUCCGAUGAAAGCAUUGGAAAAUCGGACUAUUGAUUCAAAAAGAGAGAUGGAUAUUUUAGACGCUUUAGAUGAGAUCAGGACAAGAAAUGCAAGGAAUGAAAGAGUUGAUGCCGAUGCUUUAUUAGAUAAAUUAGUUGAAGAAGAUAUAAUCAAAGAAAAAUCACAAGAAGAAUUAUUGGAGGAGGAAGAUGAUAAAUUAGCUAAAUCAAUCUUUCACGAUGUUGAUGGUGAUGUUGUUAAAAGGGUUGCUGAUGAAGAAGAACCGGACUUAAAUCAAUUACUCUCGGAUUCCGCAAAGACUUUACUUUUACCUACAUUUUCGUCUCCAGGAGGCCCUUCGUUAGUUAAACGAAAACAUUCUGGAUCGGAUCUUGGAAUAGUUGUCAAGAAAAAGAAGAACGAAGCGACAUCUACUCCCAUUGUAAAAUUUGAGUCUGGUAUAUCAUCUGAAUCCACGUCUACCCACAUCAAUCCGCUUGGCGGCUUAUUAGGUGCAUAUGGAUCCGACGAUUCAGAAUAA